AUGGGUUCCGUGUGCUGCAAAACUGUUACGGUUUCCGUGGACCCCCUCGAAAAAUGUAUGGAGAAAUUUUGGAGCGUUGAGGAGCUGCCCAUCAGGUCUGCCUUUUCCGUGGAGGAGAAGGCAUGUGAGGACUACUACGUGUCAACAGUUUCGCGAACCGAAGAAGGACGAUAUGUGGUGCGCUACCCAAAGCGCGAAAACUUCAGCACCAUGAUCGGCGAAUCCAAAUCCACGGCUCUCCGGCGAUAUUCCAUGCUGGAGGGACGCUUUUCCAAAAAUCCAGGAUUGCAGGAAAGCUACGAAAGUUUCAUGGCGGAGUACUUAUCCAUGGGACACAUGCGCCAAGUCCAGGAAGGGAACAACGAUGUGCUGGCUUAUUACCUGCCUCACCAUCCUGUUAUAAAAGAAGCGAGCACAACCACAAAAACACGUGUCGUUUUCGAUGGCUCCAGCAAAACUUCUACCGGCCAUUCUUUAAACGAAGCACUCUGUGUGGGUCCGGUUGUGCAGGACGAUCUGCUGACUUUGGUGAUCCGCUUCCGAAAAUUUCCAGUGGCUGUUGUAGCGGACAUCGCCAAAAUGUACCUUGUCUGGGGAUCCAACCCUGCGCAACCUCCAGCUACCUUUGAGCUGCAGACGGUCACAUAUGGCCUUGCUCCGUCAUCAUUCCUGGCCACCCGCAUACUGCAGCAGCUUGCAGAAGACGAAGGUCAUGCUUAUCCUCUCGGCAAGCCAGCCCUCAAAAAAUCCUUCUAUGUCGACGAUUUUAUAGGAGGAGCCGAUUCCAUUUCUGAAGCCAUCCAAUUGCGUGUGGAGCUGACAGAUCUUCUUGCGAAAGGUGGAUUUCCGAUCCGUAAAUGGACGUCCAACAAACUAGAGGUACUGCAAGGUCUGGAUGCUGACUCCAUUGGCACGCAGUCUAGCGUGCGAUUCGACCCGGAUGAAACCGUGAAGACGUUGGGCAUCUGCUGGGAACCUGAGCGAGACCAAUUCCGGUUCAACUAUCACGUGAGCCAAACCAUCCUGAGAGCAACGAAACGAUCCAUCCUAUCCGCCAUUUCUCAGCUAUUUGACCCGUUAGGGUUGGUAGCGCCGAUUGUUGUACGGGGAAAAAUGCUGAUGCAGGAGUUGUGGCUGAUAGCCUGCUCCUGGGACGACGAAGUCCCUGACAGCGUGAAGCAGAAAUGGGAGACCUUCUACCAUCAACUUCCGAAACUGUCAGAAUUUCGAAUUCAGCGCUACGCAUUCCAAGCUAAUUCCGUGGUACAACUCCACACGUUCGCGGACGCAUCGGAAGCUGCUUACGGAGCUUGUAUCUAUGCACGCUCUGUGGACCCCGAAGGACGAGUAACGCUCCAGCUUUUGGCCGCGAAAACUCGCGUGGCGCCCCUCAAAAGGUUGUCUCUACCCAGGCUCGAACUGUGUGCAGCAGUUGUCGCCGCUCAACUACAUGGACGAGUCAACGAAGCGUUGGACAUGAAUAUAGCUAGCUCAUUCUUCUGGUCCGAUUCCACAGUGACGCUCCAGUGGCUGAAAUCCCCUCCAAACACGUGGAAGACCUUCGUAGCAAACAGAGUGUCCGAAAUUCAGACAACCACCCACGGUGCUCGAUGGAACCAUGUGGCAGGAUCGCAAAACCUUGCUGAUUAG